AUGUCGAAACGCGACAUCGUCCUCACCAAUGUCACCGUUGUCCAGCUGCUGCGACAGCCGUGCCCCGUGACCAGAAGACCACCCCCACCGGAGCCCAAGGUUGAGACAGAGCAGAAGCCCCAGGCUGAGCCAGAGCCCAAACCUGAGCCAGUCAAGGAGGAAUCCCCACUUCCUCAACCUAAGAAGGCUGCUGUGGUUCAGAAGCUGACAGUGGGCAUCAAUGGAUUUGGACGCAUCGGUCGCCUGGUGCUCCGCGCCUGCAUGGAGAAGGGUGUUAAGGUGGUGGCAGUGAACGAUCCAUUCAUCGACCCGGAAUAUAUGGUGUACAUGUUUAAAUAUGACUCCACCCAUGGCCGGUACAAGGGGAGUGUGGAGUACAGGAACGGAAAACUGGUGGUGGACAACCAGGAGAUCAGCGUCUUCCAGUGCAAGCAGCCCCGAGAUAUCCCCUGGAAGUCUGUCGGGAACCCCUUUGUGGUGGAGUCCACAGGCGUGUACCUGUCCUUACAGGAGGCUUCAGACCACAUCGAGGCUGGUGCCACGCGUGUGGUCAUCUCUGCACCCUCACCCGAUGCGCCCAUAUUUGUCAUGGGAGUAAACGAGAAGAACUAUAAUCCUGGCUCCAUGAAAGUUGUCAGCAAUGCCUCCUGCACCACCAACUGCCUGGCGCCCCUUGCCAAGGUCAUCCAUGAGCAGUUUGGGAUCGUGGAAGGGCUGAUGACCACAGUUCAUUCCUACACUGCCACCCAGAAGACAGUGGACGGGCCAUCGAAGAAGGCCUGGCGAGACGGGCGGGGUGCCCACCAGAACAUCAUCCCAGCCUCCACGGGGGCUGCCAAAGCCGUUGGCAAAGUCAUUCCAGACCUCAAAGGGAAGCUGACAGGAAUGGCAUUCCGGGUGCCAACCCCAGACGUAUCUGUCGUGGACCUGACCUGCCGCCUGGCCCAGCCUACCGCGUACGAGGCCAUCAAAGACGCCAUAAAAGCAGCAGCCCAAGGGCCCAUGGCUGGCAUCCUUGCCUACACAGAGGAUGAGGUCGUGUCCACGGACUUUGUGGGCGAUACCCACUCGUCCAUCUUCGAUGCUAAAGCCGGCAUCGCGCUCAACGACAACUUCGUGAAGCUCAUUUCCUGGUACGACAACGAAUACGGCUACAGUCACCGGGUGGUGGACCUCCUCCGUUACAUGUUCAGCCGCGACAAGUGAAGCAGGACGGCCCCUCCGCUUCCCCGGGCUCCCGGCUGGAACCCGUAUCUCCCGUUCCCGCUGUCGCCUCCCCCGGGGAAGGAGGGCGCCCUGCUGGGAAAUAAAAACGCAGAAUGCUCACA